AACUGAAGUUGGACUUAAGGUAAGGUGGAGAAGUUUUCUUUUGAGAAAAAAAGAACCAAAGCUUAGUGUACAAGGAUACGAACAUGAAUAAAAAAUUGUACAACAUGAUCACAUGAUGGCAUAUUAAUUUGCGUCAUUCUAGCCUUUCUCUUGCAAGAUUUUAAAUAAAUUUAAAUCUUAUUUCGCCCUAUAUAUACCCCAUCCUAUGUAACAUAUACCUUCAACCAAGAAACAUUAAUCAAGUAUCUAGUGCAAAGAUAUGGAGAUCCCUGUGAUAGAUUUUAGUAAGCUCAAUGGAGACAAGAGGGGUGACACAAUGGCCCUAUUGCACAACGCUUGUGAGAAAUGGGGCUUCUUUAUGGUUGAGAACCAUGAAAUUGACACACGUUUGAUGGAGAAGGUUAAGCAGUUGAUCAAUACAUACUAUGAGGAAAACCUGAAGGAAAGCUUCUACCAGUCUGAAAUAGCAAAGAGGUUGGAGAAACAGCAGAACACCUCUGAUAUAGAUUGGGAAAGUGCCUUCUUCAUUUGGCAUCGCCCCAACUCUAACAUCAAUCAAAUUCCAAACCUCUCUCAGGAGCUUUGCCAAACAAUGGAUGAGUACAUUGCACAACUCCUGAAGCUGGCAGAGAAGCUAUCUGAGCUCAUGAGUGAAAAUCUUGGUCUGGAGAAGGGUUACAUCAAGAAAGCAUUUUCUGGAAGCAAGCUGAAGGGUCCUGCUGUGGGAACAAAAGUGGCCAAGUACCCUCAAUGUCCACGUCCAGAACUUGUGAGAGGACUUAGAGAGCACACAGAUGCUGGUGGCAUCAUUCUACUGCUCCAAGAUGACAAAGUGCCUGGCCUUGAAUUCUUCAAAGAUGGCAAAUGGGUUGAGAUUCCACCCUCCAAGAACAAUGCCAUAUUUGUCAACACAGGUGACCAAGUUGAAGUGUUGAGCAAUGGCUUAUAUAAGAGUGUUGUGCAUAGGGUCAUGCCUGACAACAGUGGAAGCAGAAUCUCCAUUGCCACAUUCUAUAACCCUAUUGGAGAUGCCAUUAUUUCCCCAGCUCCUAAGCUCUUGUACCCGAGCAACUUCGUUUAUGAGGACUAUUUGAAGCUCUAUGGCAGCACCAAGUUUGGUGAAAAGGGUCCUCGAUUUGAAUCCAUGAAGAACAUGAUCAAUGGGCAUAAAAAUGUUCAAGCUUGAGAUUUAUACGACCGUUGCAUUACUACCCUUUCUUGGGAUAUCUAAAUUUACAAAGUCGUAUUUACAUUUGGAAUAGAAAUAUGUUCUUUGAUUCCACAAGUAGAAAAUGACAUUACAUGAUGUCUUUUCUUCAUGCAACCUUUUCUUUGUUCAACCUUUUUUUUUCUUCUAUGUUUGUAUCAACGGUUAGGUGUAUCACUCUAAGCAAGCAAAAUAUGUCAGGCUGCGAGCACAAAUUAAAGCUCAAAUACAUAAGAAAUGUCUUUACCUUAA